UAACAUACGAAUUUAGUAGAGUUAACAUAACAUAACAAUUCAAUAGAGUCCCAAAAAAUGGAGAUUCCAGUGGAAGAAUAUCCGAAAAGAUUCCCCCUCCCCGUAGAUUCCGAACACAAGGCCACCGAAUUCCGCCUCCUCUCAGCCGCGCCGCCGCACAUGCGCGCCUUCCACCUCUCGUGGCUCUCCUUCUUCACCUGCUUCGUAUCCACCUUCGCCGCGCCGCCGCUCCUCCCCAUGAUCCGCGACGACCUCGACCUCACCGCCACCGACAUCGGCAACGCCGGCAUCGCCGCCGUCUCCGGCGCUGUCUUCGCCCGCCUCGCGAUGGGCACGUGCUGCGACCUCUUCGGGCCCCGCCUCGCCUCCGCCGCCCUCGUCCUCGCCACCGCGCCCGCCGUGUUCUGCACCUCCCUCGCCGCCUCCCCGGCCUCCUUCCUCGUCCUCCGCUUCCUCACCGGCUUCUCCCUCGCCACCUUCGUCUCCACGCAGUUCUGGAUGAGCUCCCUCUUCUCCCCCAACGUCGUCGGCACCGCAAACGGCGUCGCCGGCGGAUGGGGCAACCUCGGAGGCGGUGCCACUCAGCUUAUUAUGCCUCUCGUAUUCGACCUCAUCGUCCUCGCCGGCGCCGGAAAAUUUACGGCGUGGCGCGCCGCGUUCUUUAUCCCCGGCCUCCUCCAAAUGGUCUCCGCCUACGGGAUUUUUUUCUUCGGGCAAGACCUCCCCGACGGAGACUACUCUCAGCUGCAGAAAUCCGGUGAAAAACAUAAAGACAGCUUUGACAAAAUUCUCUCCGGCGCUUUAACAAAUUACAGAGGUUGGAUUCUAGCAUUAACCUACGGUUAUUGCUUUGGUGUGGAGCUGACGAUCGAUAACAUAAUUGCACAAUAUUUCUACGACAGAUUCGACGUGAACCUGCACACGGCGGGAACAAUCGCGGCCAGCUUUGGGUUGGCGAACCUCUUCUCCCGACCAGGUGGGGGAAUGUUGUCGGAUUUUGUGGCAAGGAGAUUCGGGAUGAGGGGAAGGCUGUGGACGUUGUGGGCGGUGCAGACGGUGGGUGGGGUAUUGUGCGUGUUGUUGGGAAAGGUGGGGUCGUUGGCGGGGUCAGUGGCGGUGUUGCUUGUAUUUUCCGUCUUCGUCCAAGCCGCCUGUGGCUUGACUUUUGGGGUCGUUCCGUUUGUGUCAAGAAGGUCGCUGGGCAUAAUCUCUGGGAUGACUGGAGGCGGCGGCAACGUGGGCGCGGUCCUGACACAAGUGAUAUUCUUUAGAGGAUCUCAUUACUCUACAGAAACAGGGAUAACGCUAAUGGGUGUGAUGAUCAUAGCUUGCACACUUGUGAUAAUGUUGAUUCACUUCCCUCAAUGGGGCGGGAUGCUCUGGCCUCCCUCUGACGGCGCCACCGAGGAGGACUACUAUGUGUCCGAGUGGACGGCCGCCGAGCAAGACAAAGGCUUCCACAAGGCCACCCUCAAAUUCUCUCAAAACAGCCGACGUGAAAGAGGUCACCAAUUUAUUAGAUCCGACCCAUCUCCAAAUACAUAUGCUUGAAUUAUAGACUUUGGAGGUGUUUAAGGUUAGCUCAAUACAUUUGUUAUAUUAUAUGGUCCUCGUAUUUGGAUCAGGCUCUGCACUCUUAAAUGAGCCCCAUAUUUUAAUGAAUUUAUACAUAUUCUAAUAGAA